AUGGUGGAAGAAAAUCCAACAACGCCGCUCAACCCAAAGAAUCUACUAGGUGGGGGAGAUGAUAAAUCCCCACUAGGGGCUCUAAGAAAGCCCGAAGGCGGACAUGGGAGGAAGGUGACAAGCAAGGGUAACCUUCUAACUGUCCUGGAUAGCUCCAAGAAUAGGGAGGGCAGGACAGCCACGGAGUCCACACGGAGGAGUAGAUCCCGUCGUGAAAGGGAAUUAAUUGCACACUCAAGAAGCAUGCACAACAAUGAAGAUAUCCUCGACAAAAAGAGGGGAGACAGACAUGCUAUGGUGGAGUACAAGAAGGCACCUUCACAAAGAAGAAGGAGGAGGAGUCCUACUCCAAGGUGGAAUAGGGUUUCUCCACAAAAAAGGAGGAGCAGAAGUAAAAGCCAAACACUAGAGUGGCAGAGGACUACUUCACGAAAAAGGAGCAGGAGCCGAAAUCCCUCUCCCAAGGAAGAAGGGACCAGAAAACAUCACAGGGAUAGGUACAAAAGACCUGAUUCCGAUUGGGAAAGGAGUACUCGCAAUAAAAUGAAGGAACGCGAGGAGGGGACCAUGUCUGCACGAGAAGCAGCACGAAAGGCCCUUAGCAAUAUAGUAUCCUCCCCUUUUGCAAAGAGGUUGCUAGAGGCGAGACUGCCGAGCAGGGUGAAGCACGGUGUGUUCAUCCUCUAUGAAACAAACACAGAUCCUGUGGCACACAUACAGCAUUACUAG